AUGCUUUCUACUAGAUCAGGCUCCACUCAUCAACUGCCAGGGGUCUACUGUUUAGCUAAUCAUGGAGUCAAUCUGAUCUUGCUAGCCUACCCUUUUUCUUUUUCAGGUAAAUCAGCAGUUUUUAAUAGUUUGAUUGGGCAUCUUGCUCUGCCAACUGGUGAAGGUGGUGCAACUCGCGCGCCUAUAUGUAUUGAAUUAAAGAGGGAUGGUAACUUAAGCAACAAAUCAAUUGUACUGCAGAUUGAAAGAAAAUCCCAACCUGUGUCUGCAAGUGCUCUUCGGCACUCAUUACAGUAUAGGCUUAGUAAAGUUUCAAGCAAGAGUCAGGAUGAAAUAUUUUUGAAGCUUAAAACAAGUUUGGGGGAGGGUGAAGGAAUUCAAUUCCAUGGUAUGCUACGUGUUGUGCAACAAUCAUUACUAGGGUCAAUUUUGGCAAACAUGUUGCUUGUUCUUGGAUGCACGUUUUUCUGUGGAGGAAUCUUUCUUCCUAAAAAGGAACAGGUUUUUGACAAGCCAAAUGUUGUGAUGAGCUCAGGGUUGCUAUUAAUGGCAGUGAUGGGUCUGUUAUUCCCUGUUAUUCUUCACUUCACAGACACUGAAUUGCGUUUUGGAAAGUCAGAAUUGGCCCUUUCAAGAUUUAGCAGUUGUGUAAUGCUUAUUACAUAUGGGGCCUACUUGUUUCUUCAGUUGACUACACAGAAGAAUUCGUAUUCACCAAUCACUGAGGAAGAUAGCCCAAAAGAAGACAAUUCAGAUGAUGAUGAUGAAGAAUCUCCUGAUAUUUCAAAGUAUGAAUGUGUUAUCUGGAUCAGCAUCUUGACACUCUUCAUUUCCAUUCUUUCAGAAUAUCUAGUCAACUCCAUUGAGGGUGCUUCUGUUGCAAUGAAUAUCCUUAUAGCAUUUAUCAGUGUCAUCCUUCUUCCUAUUGUUGGAAAUGCAGCAGAAAAUGCAAGUGCCAUCAUGUUUGUCAUGAAAGACAAGCUUGAUAUCUCUUUAGGAGUCGCGAUUGGCUCCUCAACACAAAUAUCUAUGUUUGUUAUUCCAUUUUGUGUGGUUGUUGGGUGGAUCAUGGGGCGUCCUUUGGACCUAAAUUUUCAACUUUUUGAGACAACAACUCUUAUUAUGACAGUUCUAGUAGUGGCUUUCAUGUUGCAAGAUGGAACAUCCAAUUACUUCAAGGGAGUAAUGCUUGUGUUUUGCUAUUUGAUAGUUGCUGCAAGUUUCUUUGUAUAUAUAGACCCUCUAUCUAUACUUAUUAUUAUUGCAUACUAUUACUACCUUAACCGAGAUGAAUGGAUUGCAGUGUUGCCUAGGGCUUUAGUGGCAGGAUUUGUGAAAACAGAUAAAUAUUUCCUUUUUGCUUUCGUUCAAUCAUCAGGAACAACUAUUACAUUUGUAAUUGUUGAAGGAUCAGUUAUAACCGUAGCUUCUGUUGGUGAUUCACGUUGCAUACUUGAGAGAGAGCGUGUCCCUGCUAGUGGUGGUGAAGUCGGCCGGCUUAAUGUCGGUGGUGGUGCACAGAUUGGUCCUUUGAGAUGUUGGCCUCGUGGCUUGUGUUUGUCAAUAUCAAUUGGAGAUCUGGAUGUUGGGGAAUUCAUUGUUCCCGUUCCUUAUGUUAAACGAGUUAAUGUCAGUUGUAUUUUUGAAGGAAUGGAAUCCAUCAAGAGAAUUGGAAUUGGAAUUGGAAUCAAAUCUGAAGGACAUGCUUGGAAUAUUUACAAACAAAAAAAUUUAAUACCAAGAAAUCUAUAA